GAGCGAGUGCCCUGGGAGACGACCGGCAUCCCUUGGCAACGGCCGGCGUGUGGGGGCGGGAUGUGCACGGGAGGCAAUGGCUGAGCUGAACGGGGAGGGAAGGAAGGGUUCUGUGUGGGAAAGGAAUUAAGUCCUGACGAGAGACUUCCCCCCUCCCAGCCCCACUUCCGGCCCAGCCCUCCGAGCUCACACCUCAGCCUGGGUGUAAAGGAGAUAGGCGGGCCUAGAACACUGGGCAGGCUGCCCAAGGGACUAAGAAAUGGAAUGGGGUGGGCCUGGUUGAGGGCGGGACCUGUGAGAUGCUGGGCGGAGCCUGGAGUGAGGCAGUAGAAGGGCGGAACCUGAUGGGGUUGGGCCUUUUAAACCAGAACUUGAAAGGGGCGGAGCUUCCAAAAGAGGAAAGGCACAUUGAGGGCGGAGUAAAUAGGUGGAGCCUAUAAGAGGCGGUCCUAACAUAGCUAGCAUUGGGCAAUGGGCGGGGCUUUCUCUGUGGGUUUUUUUUCCUUAAGCUCUGGGGCAGGGGAGGGCGGAGCCUCCGUCCUAGAGCUGAAGGGGCAGAGCAGGGGGCGGGGCCUCAACAGGGUGGGACGGGACAGUAGGCAGAGCCCCAUAUCACAGGUGAGGGGCAGGGCAAGAAGCGAAUUCUCAGUGUUGGCGAGGUGUGGGUAGGAACUCGUGGCGUCACUUGGGGUUUCAGCCCCUAGGGCUUAGGCUCUGUUUGGGCUCCAGCUCCAGCAUCUCUGUAGCUAAGAGGGAGAGACGCUGGAGUCGGAGACACGGAUCACCUGAACAUACGCGCACAACCUGGCAGAAUCUUUCUCAUCCCAGAAUCAUCCUCCUUCCACAAAUACCUGUAGACAGGCCCAGACUCCAGCACCAUGAGUCAAGAGUCCAAAGUGAACACCAAAGAGUCUACUCCUCAGGCACCUUCAAAACCCAGGAAGUCAGUGCCUGUCCUGGACCCAUCAGGGGACCAGUAUUAUUGGUGGCUCAACACCAUGGUGUUUCCAGUCAUGUACAACAUCAUAAUCCUUGUCUGCAGAGCCUGCUUCCCCGACCUCCAGCAUGGCUACUUGGUAGCCUGGCUGAUCCUGGACUAUUUAAGUGACCUGCUGUACUUAGUGGACAUUGUCAUGCACUUCCACACUGGGUUCCUGGAGCAGGGCAUCUUGGUACUGGACAAGGGCCAGAUUUCACAGCGCUAUGUGCGGACAUCAGGUUUCUUAUUGGAUAUAUUGUCCCUGGUGCCCACAGACUUGGCAUAUUUACGCUUGGGUCCACAUACACCUACACUGAGGCUCAAUCGUUUUCUUCGAGUUCCACGCCUUUUUGAGGCCUUUGACCGAACAGAGACACGGACAGCAUAUCCCAAUGCCUUCCGAAUUGCCAAACUUAUGCUCUAUAUCUUUGUUGUCAUCCACUGGAAUAGCUGUCUGUAUUUUGCAUUGUCACGAUACCUGGGCUUUGGGCGUGAUGUCUGGGUAUACCCUGACCCAGCACAGCCAGGCUUUGAACGACUUCGUCGCCAGUACCUCUACAGUUUCUACUUCUCUACACUCAUCCUCACCACUGUAGGUGACACACCAAUGCCAGCCUGUGAAGAGGAAUAUCUUUUUAUGGUGGGUGACUUCUUGCUGGCUGUCAUGGGCUUUGCCACUAUAAUGGGUAGCAUGAGCUCAGUCAUCUACAAUAUGAACACAGCUGAUGCAGCCUUCUACCCUGACCAUGCACUCGUCAAGAAAUACAUGAAGCUGCACCAUGUCAACCGCCGACUGGAGCGUCGCGUCAUUGACUGGUACCAACAUCUACAAAUUAACAAGAAAAUGACAAAUGAGGUGGCAAUUCUACAGCACCUGCCUGAGCGCCUACGGGCUGAAGUUGCAGUAUCUGUGCACCUGCCCACCCUAAGCCGUGUGCAGAUCUUCCAGAACUGUGAGGCCAGCCUUCUGGAGGAGCUCGUACUAAAGCUGCAGCCCCAGACCUAUUCACCAGGAGAAUAUGUGUGCCGUAAGGGUGAUAUUGGCCGAGAAAUGUACAUCAUCCGGGAGGGCCAGUUGGCUGUGGUGGCUGAUGACGGUGUUACCCAAUAUGCAGUGCUGGGUGCUGGACUUUACUUUGGGGAGAUCAGCAUCAUAAAUAUCAAAGGGAAUAUGUCUGGUAACCGUAGGACUGCAAACAUCAAGAGUCUAGGCUACUCUGACCUGUUCUGCCUGAGUAAGGAGGAUCUUCGAGAGGUGCUGAGUGAGUACCCACAAGCCCAGGCUGUCAUGGAGGAGAAGGGCCGAGAGAUCCUGCUCAAGAUGAACAAGCUGGAUGUGAAUGCAGAGGCAGCUGAGAUAGCACUGCAGGAGGCUGUGGACAGUCGUCUGCGUGGUCUAGAUCAGCAGCUAGAUGAUCUGCAGACCAAGUUUGCCCGCCUCCUGGCUGAACUGGAGUCCAGCGCCCUCAAGAUAGCCUAUCGAAUUGAGCGACUAGAGUGGCAAACCCGUGAGUGGCCAGCUCCUGAGGAGACUGAGGCAGGGGCUGAUGAUGAGGGGGAUGGUGGUGGAGAUGGAAAGGCCUCUUAGGCUCAAGGACACACACACACACACACACACACACACACACACACAUAUUACCUCUUGACUUCAGCUUUAGGAUGUCCCCCUAUGACCCUCACCUUUGGAUGACACAAACCUCAGAGGAACUCCAGAGAUAUAGGAAACCAUAUCUAUAAAUACCCUCCAUGUCCCAACAACCAGAAUAUACAAGCAGUGAGAGUGGGAACCUAGUUACUCCCCUUUGCCCAAAGAGAGGAGUGAGAUGAAAAAAUAUAUGCUCAACCACUCUAUGCACUGCCACAAACUGAGUUUCCAAGACACACUCAUUAGCACACAGUGAACCACUGACAAUUCUGACAGAAGCACAGGUAUGUGCUAACCCAUGGAUACACACUGAAGUUUUCACACACAUUCAUGCCAAUCUUCUCACUCGGUUGCAGAGAUAAUCAGAGAUCUCUUGCAGAGAUAAUCAGAGACCAGUUUUUUGUACAUGUGCACAUGAACACAUGUGCACAGUCACAUUAUAUAUGCAUAUACUUUUUUUUUCCCCAAAUAGGAAAGUAUUUAGAGCAGAAUAGCAAAAUAAAUAACAAGGGAAAGACAGGUAGCUACUUAUUCUUGGCCUCCCCAUACAUGAAGACAUAUAGUCCUCCACAGAUAGGUUUCUACCAUGCAGAAGGAGAAAACACUUCCAUGAAAAGGCCACGCAUAACCUUCUAAGUCUCAUGCAUAUGUUUCUCUCAGUCAGACAACCCCAGCAUUGCUCAAUCUGAGAUCUUCAUCACUAAGCUUGCCUUCUAGGAAACUCCAGGCUCCCAUAAAGGUAACAGAAAUGGCACUGAAUGUAUAAUGGCUAUGUUGCAUUCCAAUAAAGUAUUUGAAACUU